UUGAAGAGGUCGCUGUGUGUACAAGAAGACUGUAUGCGAUGCAGAUCGGAGAAGAUUACAUACAUCGAGCGUAUUAUACCGUGCGGAUUUAUUACAGAGUUCUCAUGCACCUGUAACACAGCUUGGAGUGUAGUUCUGAAAAGUUUGAUGGAGUUUGAAAGUGGAAACAUCCAUCACAUGAGCGGAGGAUUAUAUCCCACCAUUUUGGAAUUUACAAUUUGGACAUUUGGAUAAGUCAAAGAAGAAAGUGAUGAUUGUUUUAAUUGUUAAAACUGGAGGAAUCAAGAAGCAAUGGGGUGUGGGAGCGGCAAGUUAGCCCCCGACUCACCAAUCAUCGAUAAACAUAUUGACUGGGUCAAAACUGUCGAGACUGGUGGUGUGCCUUCGUAUGCUGGUAAUAACAAUAAAGUAAGUCAGUACAAUCGCGUCAAUAAUGGCGAAAAUAAAAGUCAGAGGCGAGCCAAAUGGAAGGUUAAAUUUGACCCUAGAGUCAAUGCAAAGUAUGAUAUCAAAGCCCUUAUUGGGACGGGGACAUACAGUCGUGUUGUACGAGUUGAACAUCGCUCAACCAGACAACCCUAUGCAAUCAAGAUGGUUGAGAAGAAGAGAGAUGGAAAACAAUUUUGGGAAGUGGAACUGACAAUCUUACGUAGAGUAAGGCACACCAAUAUCAUUCAACUCUUAGAGGUAUAUGACGGUAAAGAUAGGAUCUAUAUGAUCAUGGAACUAGCUACCGGUGGAGAGCUAUUUGAUAGAAUAGUAACCAGAGGAAACUUCACAGAACGAGAUGCUACACGCGUUCUUCAUAUGGUCCUUGAUGCCAUGCGAUACCUACAUGGACUGGGUAUAACACACAGAGAUCUGAAGCCAGAGAAUCUACUCUACUACCACCCUGGUAAUGAGUCUAAAAUCAUGAUCACUGACUUUGGUCUGGCUAGUUUCAGAAAGACUACAGAAGGUUCAGAGAAUAACAUGAUGAGAACCAUUUGUGGAACACCAGAGUACAUCUCACCUGAGAUAUUACUGCGUAAGCCGUACACUCAAUCAGUAGACUUAUGGGCUAUAGGAGUGGUGGCCUACAUACUCUUGAGUGGAAGGAUGCCGUUCGAUGAUGAUAACAGGACACGAUUAUAUCGGAAGAUACUCCGGGCCAAGUACUCUUUCACUGGAGAUCCAUGGAAGGAUGUAUCACCAGCAGGAAAGGACUUCAUCGAUAAACUCCUCUUGAUCAAUCAAUCCGAGAGAAUGACUGCAACCCAAGCUCUCAAGCAUCCUUGGAUCAUUACCAUGGCAGCACAAUCCAGUCUCAAGAAUCUUCAGCGUUCCAUCAGUCAGAACUGGUUGAAGCACACAUCUACUCGUAGCCGUUCUGCUCGUUCCACCAGGUCCAAUCAUUCCAACAAAUCAUCUAAAUCUCUUCGUUCCAACCGUGGACAGAGAGUUAAAUCCAAAGAUCUGGACAAGCUUGCUAAAGAGAUCAAGAAGGAAACAAAGACAUCGGAUGGGAAGAAUGGGAGGACUUCAACCACACCAGACAAAAGUACCAAGUCUCUUAGUCCCAAACCAUUGCCAGGUAUCACUCAACAUCCAACAUCAAAGAGCAGCCAGUCUUCGUCAAGGAAUGACCAGUCUUCAGCAAAGAGUGACCAGUCUUCAUCAAGGGAUGACCACUCUGUGCGAUCAUCAAGGAAUAGCCAAUCUGUCCUAUCAUCAAGGAACGACCAGUCUUCAUCAAAGAAUGACCAAUCUGUCGUAUCAUCAAGGAACGACCAGUCUUCAUCAAAGAAUGACCAAUCUGUCCUGUCUACACCAAGGAAUGGUCAAUCUGUUCUAUCAUCAAUGAACCACCAAUCUUCAUCAAGGAAUGACCAGACUGUUGUUACACCAAGGAAUGGCCAACCUAAUUUGACAUCAACUGAAGAUCAUCCUUUGUCCAAAGUUAGCAUUGACCAUCAUCUGACCAGACCAAGUGUGCUUCCUCCACUCAACCCACAGAAAACUUCUUCAUCUUCAUCUUGAUCAAGAUGAUCUACCCAUCAAACCUGUCUCACCAAGAUAGAUCUUGUGUUCAAUCAAACAGCUCAAGGCCAAAUUACAAAACAGAGUUGUUUCAUCAGAUUUUAACAAGUGAUUUUUUUUCUUUCUUCUCACCCUCUGUCUCUGACGGUGGAGGCAAGACUAAGACAUCCAAAUGACAAUGAUUUCAUGUACAAAUUGACCUGUAAUAAUAUUAUUCCUUUGGCAAAAUUGAUAGUCACUAAAAGCUAAAGUAGGAAAAAAAUCAAAGAUGCAAUAUGUCACUCUUAUCAAGAUUUUAUCAUAAACAUUCCUGAAAUAUUAUACACUUCUGAGUACAGAUUUGAUAUUAAGGCAUGAUGUUAUAAGCAAGGGGAUCUACAGUGUACCCUGGUUGGAAUAAUUGUGGAAUUUGAGAGUCAUUUUAAAUUUGAAGUUGACCUCGUAAUAAAUUCUUUUCACAAUCUUUGCGAGAAGUGAAGCAUAUUAACAUGCAUGGUAGGAAUCUCUUACACACAGGCCUAGUUAAGGUUCUGUCAAAGAGACUGCAUGUUUUCCCCUGAACCCGAGCCUGCAUCAAGAACUUAGUGGAGGGGCUCACUCACACACAUUGCGGCGACAAUCAUGUUUGUCUGCUGAGUGCUGAACCUGUGCUCAUCGGAUGAAAGCCAUAUUGAGAAUCAGACAACAACCACCUGCGUCUUAUCGCCUCAUUGAAGAAGAAGAUGAAGAGAUCCCUUGUGUUUCUGGUAAGCUGAUCUAAUACAGAGCUCUGGGGAUUUUAGUCAUCUCAUCAUCUAUACAUUUCAUCUCUAUAGUUCUUUAAGAAAUGUACAUACAUGUAAAAACAAAUGAAUUAAGGUGAACAUAGAAUUGAAAUAUUUAUUAGGAUUAUUACAUGUAGAUUAUGUUUUCUAAACAAAAUGUCUAAUUGUUUAGAUUAUAUAAAUGAAUCGAUAUAACCGUGAUCAGAUAGUGAUGUUCUCUGGUUGAUAAUCACAACUUAAAGGUAUGUUUGAAUGUAAAACAAACCAGGUAAACAUUCACAUAUACAAAUGUAGUGGUGAACUCAUAGCGAUAUGACAUAGUAAUUCAUGCCUAUUUAAACGGAGUAAGUUCACUCUCAUUAUUUUGUUCAUUUUAUAGGGUUGACAAUCGAGAGAACUCCUUGGAGAUAUUAAUGUGUAUUGUUUGUGUGUACUGUUGGGAUUUUAUUUUGUAAAAAAUGAAACCAUUAUUAGAGGGACUGCAGACUGUGAUUGAUAAAGAUUGAAUAAAAUAGAAACAUUGUGAGAUAUAAAGCAGCACAGUUUAAGCUCAGUUUAUUCUUGGAGUUUGAGAUGUAAUCAUCCACAGAAGUUCUAUUGUUGAACAGAAACCAAUUGUGUUCUAAUUAGUGGUGAAAUAAAUGGUUUGAAAAUGGAAAUGGUAAACUCUUUACCCGACAGAGUAAUUUCAGUAAUCCCUUACCGAAGGAGCAUCAAGAAGAAAAACUGAAGUUCCAGUAAGAAAUUGUAUAAACUCUUGAAUAGUUUUGAACAUUACAUCAUAGUGUAGGCCUACAUGAUUUACUGUGCACUUUGUAAAAAAUGACUUGUGAGUUGUGAUGAUACAAUUAAACAGGUAAAAUAUUGAUGUGCAUAUAUAACUUAAUCAUUUUAUUUAAUAUGAUAUCAUGAUGUAGAAUGUUAUGUUGUAGUAUCUUUAUGGAUCCUCUUCUGGUCUGGUAUUAUUUAGUUCAGUGGAAGUAAUUCAAACAUGAAGUGAAUUAAAAUGUGCCAAUUUCCUCUUGAUGUUUGGGAUGUAGGGGAGGGACAGUGUUAUAUGUGUACAUAAAGUCCAUGUAGUCAUGUAUGUAUGUAAUGAUAGUUCAGUAUACAUAGUUUAUUUAUUCAUACCUAUCAUUACAGAGAAUAGUCAUAUUUGAAGUAUAGGUUUGUCAUGAUGGUAUGAGUUCCAUGUUUAGACAUGGUUAUCUGUUUGUGUUGUAAAAUCUGUAAAUUUGUGUAAAGUAUAUUCUGCACAAAAGUGCCAACAACUAGCAGGGGACAUUUAAUCACUUAUCCCCCCCCCCCCCCCCCCCCAAUCUCACCCAAUGUCACUCUACAAUACAUAAAAGUACUGUUUUCAACAUUCUAAAUUUAAAAAGUCCUUUUUGUUGAAAAA